AUGUGGCCCGAGGCUGGGUUGGUGCUAGGGUUGGAAGAUCUAGUGGGGUUGGUCGAGGAUUGUUGCCGAGAACUGAUAGAAAGAGCAGGACUCAAGACCCCAUUACUCUUCUCCUGCGAAGCUCUCCCAUUCUCAGCUCACCGUUUGACGAACCUCCUCCAAUCCUUUACUUCCACCCUCCGACCCUACCCGUCCCAAAUGCCCGUCUCCCAGCAAGCCAAGAAGACGACGGAAAAGUACCGGACGUACGUCGAGGACAUCAGGUUUUCCGGCGAAUGUGAGAUCGCUUGGUUGUUACGGUGGGGGUUGGCGCGGGUCGUGAGGAUCGAGAGAGCUGGUGGGGUGGAUGGGGAGAGGAGAGAGUCGAGAGGGUUAUUAGAAUGGGAACGGUAUGAGGACUGGAGGGGGAGAGAACGAGCCUCGAAUUACGAUCCUAUGAUGUUCGAUAUGCUAUAUCGGGGAGUCUCUCCGAACCUGGCCACGAUCCUGAAGGAACUCUUCACCCUCCUCAUGCACCUCGCAGCCAACUCGACCGAUUCGGGUCUCACUCCGAGCGUCCUCUCUGGUCUCUUUGGACCGCUCAUCUUCGGCCUCGGUCCGCAUUCCUGUCCGUUCGAUACCGCCCACACCGCGUUCGUGCGAUCAUCCGGGGCGCUCGAACACCUCUUGCUCGCCUUCAUCCGGUUUGAGGAGGCCAAGCACGAGCGAUUGAAAGGGGGAUUUCCUGGAAGGUUACGGGAUUGGACUAAAGGAUAUCCGGGGAUGAUAAUCUCUGACCGGGAACUGGACCAAGGACUUCCCCGGCGUGGCGUCAAGGUCAAACGUCUGGAAAAGGUCCGUCGGUACGUACGCGCGUAUUCCAAGGACCUCUUGAGCAGCGGACAGGAGUGGGGACAGGAGAUGAAGCAGUGCGGAGGCGUCCAAUGGGAAGCCUGGGAGUCGGUCUUGCCACCCGUUGUGAAAACGAGGCGUUCUGGUCCCCGGGUAUCGGAGCAGCCUAGGCAACCCUCGUUGACGGAUCGGCAGAGAAAACGACUCUUUCUUGCCAGCGAAACGAUCCCGUUGCCCAUAUCCUCCUCGCCUUCUAUGGGUUUCGAAAAGGUCGACGUGCCAGGUAGCCAAUCCAACGGGUCAGGUAUCAAUCAGUUGGCCAGCGCGACCUCGCGUGAUUCGCUCGUCAACAGGCAGGAAAAGUAUGGUAGUCUGGCCGAUAAGAGUUGGAGCGAGUUUGAAGGCUUUGGCUUUGGGGAGGGGGUGAAUAAGGAUAGGCUCGAGUUCAACUUGAACGAGGGCGCCAAGAAGGAAAUCAUGCAAGCCAAGAGGCAGACGAUAUCCUGGCAAGAUUUCGCGUCGCCGCAAGGCGGCUUUGAUCGCAGCAACGAAGCGCUGUCGAAAUCCCUCUUGUUCUCGCCGCCCGUGCAGGAGCAGAUCCAGCACUGGCCGGAAGAACGGGAAGAGAUACAGAAGAAACUGAAAAAGGCGUACAAGGAAGCCAUCCCAUUUACGUGGGAUACGACCCCGGCGGUCGUCAAUGCUCGAGGAGCGUUUGUAGAGGAGAUGUUUCUGGACAUCUGGGUAGAAUUGCUGUAUGGAGGAGGAUGGACCGACACGGAAGAGUUGACGUUUCGGGAAGCGAACUGGGUGCUGGUGGAAUAUAAGCUACAAGGCGCUUCGUCGGCGCUCCCAGAAUCAGAAGGCGGUCGAGUCUUUCUUUUCGAAGAGAUUGUUCCACCCGCCUACCAAGACCAGCUUGCUAAUCCCAAGCAGAAAAAAGCAGGCGGGUUGUUUUCACGCUCCAAGACCACCAAGAACGCCCCAGCCAAAAAGGAGGCGCCAAUUCGGCCCACACGCGAUGAAGCAGAGUUUGACGCCAUUCUUCGUCGACAUACCCCUACGAAACAGGUAACCCUCUCGAAACCGCUGAACGGAACGAUAGCCCAUGUCGGGAACGGGAUGCUAGCUCCUGCGGCCGUAUCGGGUGAAAUCUCGCCGUCUCGAAGCAGGUUCCUCUCGAGACCAGCAUCUAGCAGUUCUAAAACCGAAAAGAACGCUAACGGGGUAAGAGUGGAAAGUAACGGAGUCCACGCGAUGAAAGGCUUGUUCAAGCGGAAAGAAUCACAAGAAGAUAGGGCAGGUCGACAGCCUGCUGCGUUCAUAUCAAGCGAGUACGACAAUAUCUCGACGAGGACAAUGUCGGGACCGAGCAGCGGGGAAAGCAUUGUAGGUAACGAAGACGGGCGAUCGUAUGCGCAGCCGAAACCGAGGCGACCAGAAGCUGAAAAGUGGAUAGGUGAGAUACAACGCUUGUUCUCGUGCCAACGGGUUGUGACUGACUUGUGA